UCCACGAGAGCGCGCCAGGAUCGCGUCGAGAGAGCCGCUGCUGCUGGUGUCUUCCGCGGAGUCUUGAGAAGAAGCAGAGGCGAGCGACCGAGGAGUUCAAAUGUCGUGUCGCGUGUUUCGUCUGCGCCUGGCAAGCGAGGAACCGAACAGAUCCAUUUUGUGCCAGCGCAGCACGGCCGCUCGGUCGCGCAUCGAGUGAAGAAGCAAAAGCGUGCGUUUGCCCGCGACCCAUCUGUCAGUUAUCCGCGCGUCGCGAUGACGAUUUAACCAGCGAAAUCUGUUACGUCCCGGGCGGCGCAACGACGCCGAGGAGAUACAUAUGAAGCUUCAUGGCUAGAUGCUGGUAGAGAGGUUCAUUAACGAAACGGCAUGCUUGUAAGAGUCUGGCAGCGCACUGUCACGUGGGAUGAAUGAGGAAGAACUAUUGAAACGGUCUGCCGCAGAGCGCGAUAGGAUUUUCAGCUGCUAUGACCGCGGUAGGGAAGGCACUGAGAUUGAUCCCUGGGAGGAUCCAGCUUACGAAGUCUAUCACACUACGGAUAGAUAUGGUUUCAUACACGAUAAAAGAUUACCACAGAAGCCGGAUUCAUAUCAGAUGAAGUUACAUCAUGUGGAGAUGGAGAGAUUGAAGAAAUGGGAGAAGAUGACAAAACAGUGGGACAGUGCCUCGACCAAGGAGAAACUGCGCCGUAGAAUAUACAAAGGGAUUCCUAAUAGAUUUCGUGGUCAAGUAUGGAGUCUACUCCUAGGCAUCAAGAAUCUCAAGAAAGAACAGGCAGGCAAGUACGAGGAGAUGCUGCAACUAGCUCGCCAAUGGUCCACAGAGAUAAGACAGAUCGAUGCCGAUGUCGCCAGACAAUACAGAGAUCACAUUAAUUAUAGGGAGAGAUAUAGCAUAAAACAAAAAUCCAUGUUUUACGUACUAGCAGCCUAUAGUAUGUACAACAUGGAGGUAGGAUAUUGCCAAGGAAUGUCUGUGUUAGCUGGUUUGCUGCUGCUUUACAUGGACGAGGAGGACGCAUUUUGGGGCCUUUCUGUGUUACUUGCCGAUCAAAAAUACAGCAUGCAUGGCUUUUAUGUCGAUGGAUUUCCAAAAUUAAACCGCUUCAUAGAGCACCAUGACAAGAUAAUGAACAAAUUUUUGCCGAAAUUAAAACGAAAAAUGGAUAAAUGCGGCUGCGAUUCCAUACUUUAUGCAUUGAAGUGGUUCUUUGUUGUCUUUCAGGAAAGAACUCCCGUUAGUCUCGGUCUUCGUAUUUGGGACAUAUUUCUACUGGAUGGCGAUCGCAUACUUCCGGCGAUGGCGUACACCGUGAUGAAGCUGCAUAAACGCUAUCUGAUCCCGAUGGAGAGUCUCGACGAAUUCUGCAAUUAUCUGCAGAUCAAGUUAGAGAAGGACUUCUAUUUCGACGACGACACUGUGAUCAGUACGAUGGAGCGCAGCAUAGAGGAGUUAAAGCGUGCCAAAUUAGAUUACCCGGGUGCCCCGUUGCCUCAAGAAUUGCCCCGUAUUCCAUUUGGUACUUUCAAGGAGCCCUCGUUCACCAACAAGGUUGGGAGGCGAAGCGAAGAGUUUAGCGAAGCUCAGCAUGUAAUGCGAGAAUCCGUGGCGCAGCGUAGGGACAUGGCGCUGAUCGACGACGGCAGGGAGAGCACCACGCCUGUCGAACCGACCAGCGGCCUUGGCGGAAGCAAGUUCUCCUUCGACCCGAGCCUGGAUGACGGCACGUCUCCUAAUGGUUCCCGCCGAUCGCUGGCCGAGACGUCGGUGACGUCAACGGCUGACCUGUCGGUAUUCAGUUCGGCAACGCGUUCCCAGGCCUUAGACAACAGUCUGGAUACUCAGAGCAACAUCUCGAACGCCAGCUCGGGCAGCGGCGGUCUACCUACGCCGCGUGCGACGCCGCACCAGCCCAGCCCGGACGUGGUGCGCAUCUACGUGCCGUACACGUCGCCCGCGUCGGCGGCGGUCUCCUACAAGGACGACCUGCCGCGCACGCUACCACGUUCCCUGGACACCAACAAGAUCCGCAUCCGCGUCGACCCAGAUCAGACACCCAUAGUCGAGAAUCUCAAACCGUUUUCCCUGGAAAGCCCGGAAGUGGAGCUGGACUUGAAGUAGAGUGAGUCGGGAGAGAGAGAGCGAUUGGAAUUUGUAUGCGUGCGGAAAAUUACUUGUUGAGUGCGAAUCGAGCGAGACGGUGAAGUUACAAAUGAUCGCGUGCACGUAGAUAAGGCGUCCUAGAAGUCGCGGGUUUCUAAGUAAGAAGUUAAUGUCACGAGUUCGUUCUACAAAACUUCGACGAUUAGAAGGUUUAACAAAAUUGUGUCAAUUUCGAUUUUCCCUUUAAUGUCGGGUGAAACAAUAUUUUAAUUUGUCCACAAUAUUUUUAUGGCAUAUAGAGAUCUCUUUUUUUUUACUUGUAUAUUAGAUGUCACAUUGUCACUAUAAGUGCAACUAGUAUUUCAUAAUAUUCUCAAAUUGAU